CAUGCGCGCUGGGGAGGUUGUGCGUGCCGGGGCUCCGCGACUGUUCGCCGGGCGGCAUGUUCCGGCGUCCCCCGCGUAACUUCCGCGGCCGGCGGCGCGCGGCCUCCAGCGGCAGCAGCGAUGAGGAGCCGGAGCCGACCGCCGCCUCUCCGCCAGCCCCCGGCCCUGGCUGCGACUCCGAGCGGGAAGCGGAGUCUGAGGAGGACGAGGGGGAGUCCCCCGAGGGGGCCAAGGCCGCCGCAGCGGAGGGGCCGCUGCCCUCAGAGGAGCCGGCGGGAAGUCCCGGGCGGCGGGUGGAGAGUGGAAGGGCGGCUACGGGCCGAGGGCCGCGCCUCGCUGGAGCCGGAGCCGGGCCGGCGCGGGGGGGAAAGGUGCUGCUGAGCUUCUGUAGCGAGGAGGAGCGGGAAGGUGAAGAAUUUUUUAAAAUUAAAAAGCCAUCCUUCAAUGAAGUAACCUUUAGAAUUCAGAAGAAGGAAAGCCUACUGCCUGCACAGACAGAAAUUGAAGAAAGCAAAAAAAUCUGUCAGUUAGAGCCUAGAACUGGCAACACCAAAGGCACUCGUGAAGAAGAGGAGGAGGAUGAGAGUUAUUCUUCAUUAAGUGAGGACAACAACAGCUCAGACUCUGAAAAUGAAUCCAGCUCUCUACAGAGGAGGAAGGAUUUAUCACCAGGUAAUAUACCCAGUGCAGCUCGUAUUGAGGCUGCUCGGAGGAAAUGUCACUUGGCCAGGACACAGGCUGAUUAUCUUCCACUGAAUGUUUCAAACAGUCAUCAGGUGUCUCGGAGAAGAGAAAGCAGUGACUUAGAGAGUGAAGAUGAGUCUGAUAUGAAGAAUCUCAAUUUUGUUCCUAAAAUGAGAACUCUUAGACAGAGGAUAACUGAACACAUGGUGUCUGAUGGUGAUGACUCAAGUGAAGACGAAGCACAAAUUAAGUGGGAAGAACAGCAAAUAAAGAAAGCCGUUAAACUCUCUCAGGGAACUUAUGACGAUGCUUCUCUGCAUAAAUCUCAGCCAGCUAAACCAAAGUUUGAUCCCUCUGUUUCUCUACCGCCUGUGAACUUGGAAAUUGUGAAGAAGCGACUGACUGAAAGGAUAACAUCAUUACAGGAUGUGCACCAUGCUCACCAGAGGGAGUAUGAAAAAUAUAUGGAGGACAUUGAAAAGUCAAAGAUGACUGUCCAGGAGUUAGAGAAGUCUACGGAUGCAGCUCUGAAUUACAAAUUCUACAGGGCCAUGAAAACAUAUGUAGAAAACUUGAUAAACUGUUUGAAUGAAAAACUGAAAUGCAUUAAUGAUCUAGAAUUGGCUGUGCAUCUACUUCUUCAGCAACGAGCUGUGAGAGUAUUGAAGCGAAGGCAAGAGGAGCUGAAAAACGAAUCCACUUAUAUUCAGCGUCUGACAAGUGGGAAUGACAAACCAACUAAUGGUGGAUUGGAAGGUGAUGAGAAGACACAGCUUCUGGAAAUGUGUGAACAUCGAAGGACUUGCAGACGGCAAGUGAGAGAGUGUUCAGGAGAAGCAGAUCACCAUGAAGGCAUGUCGAGUGAUGAUGAGUUGACUCCAACAGAGGUGACUGAGUUCCAGAAGAGCAAAGAUAACGUUUUAGAGGAUAGUAGAAAAAUCUUGGAAGAUGUACAUGCAGAUUUUUGUGACAUCAGAAAAAUCCUGUUGAAAUUCCAGGAAUGGAAAGAGAAGUUUCCUGAUUCUUAUUGUGACGCUUAUAUUGGUUUCUGCCUGCCUAAGCUAUUAAAUCCGUUGAUCAGGGUUCAGUUAAUAAAUUGGAAUCCUCUUGAGCAGAAUUUUACAGAAUUGGAAGAGAUGCCCUGGUUCAGAGCUAUAGAAGAAUUCAGUGAUGCCAAAAAUGUAUCUGAACCAAAAAAGGAUGAUGAUCCUGAUCAAGAAGUUUUGCCUAGGGUGAUUGAAAAAACUAUUCUUCCAAAAAUCACAGAAUUUGUAAAGAAUGUGUGGGAUCCUUUAUCUACCUCACAGACAAAGAACCUUAUACAACUUUGCAAUAACAUCUUUGAAAAACAAGUCCUUUCCAAAAAUGAAUGCAGUCGAGCAAAAGAGGAUUUGAUGAACAUGGUUGUCCUAAGAAUGAAGAAAUCUGUAGAGGAAGAUGUGUUUAUUCCUCUGUAUCCUAAAAGCUCUGUGGAAGACAAAUCAUCACUGUGUUCAAAAUUUCAAGAAAGACGGUUUUGGUCAGCUGUUAAGCUGCUCUCCAAUGUUCUUCUUUGGGAUGGGAUUGUACAAGAAGAUACAGUCCGUGAUUUGGGACUGAGCAAAUUGCUGAAUCGUUACCUUCUUCUGAACCUCUUAAACACACCACCAGGGCCGGAUAAUAUAGAAAAGUGUAAUAAGGUGGUUGCGUGCCUCCCAGAAAGAUGGUUCCGAGAUCUUAAAAGUGGAUCAACUCUCCCCGAGUUACUGAACUUCUGCCAGCACUUGCUGCAGUGUGCGCGUACGCUACACAAGAACAACCACAGUAAUGAAACAAAAGAAGUUCUUCUCCUGCUGGUGAAAGUCAAAGCUCUGCAUAUUGUUGAAGACUUCAUUGAAGAGAACAAACUUGAACACCUUAAAUCGAUGAUUGAGAAAUAGGAAUUUUUGAAGCAAGACUUGUAUUACUGGAACAAGCCUGAUACUCACACUAAUGCAGUUUAGUUAGUGGAUCCUGCCUACUCAAAGGUGUAGUGGUAAUCACUGUCUUGUUAAAUACUUGAGGGUUUUUUCCCAAAUGUCUUCUAGUGCCAUCUACUCCUAGGUUAGGGAGUGUUUUUAGAAGUUACAGUUGUCACAGUAAAGCAGUGGUUCAGGCAUUCUGAAAUGUCUGACAAUGCUUUAUUGCUUUACCCUUUUUUGAGAAGUUCCUGGAAAGACAGAAUGUGCCUGUAAAGUUUAUCUCUGCUAGCAAGUAGACAGCUUUACAAGCUAUUUUCAGUAUUAGUUGCUAAAUAUCACUCUCUGACUCAGGAGACAUUGAGCUCUUCUAACUUGUGGUCCACAGUGACUUUUUUGGUAGGGUUAUUGUUAAACCGUCCCUAAUGAAAAAAUUCACAAUGUUGCAGAGGUUUUGACCUUGACACAGAAACAAGGGAAGUCAGUGUGCGGGUAAGGAGCUUGACUCAUGAAUUGAUGGUCAGUGUGGGUUCAUUGAGGUAAGAAGUUACACAAGAGAAUGUCUGUAAGAGCAAAUGUAGUGAAGGUAACACCUGAUGUGUGUAGUUUUGUACGUGGGUGAUACAGACUGAACUUGUGUGCACAGAGCUGGAGUUUAUACCUUUAACAACAGACAUCUUGAGGAGAAGCACAAGAACAACUUCAGUUACUUUCUUCUCAGUAACUGAAACUUUAGGGAAAUCUUCCUUUCGCUUCCCAGUAAGAUCUACUGAACCUUACUUCAUCAUACCCUUACUAGAUUUCUGAUGUUUUCUAACUUUGUAUUUUUGCAAUAAAUACUGUUAUAGACUAAUAAGGAUGCUUUAUGCAGAAACUCUAGUGUCAGACUUUGUAUGUUUACUCCUGACUUUCUCCAGAAUCUUCUGGGACUAGAAUUUAACUCUUGCACACUUAAUCCCUGUGACUUCUUUUAUUUUUUUAAGUUAAAAAUAUAUUUUUGUAAAACAUUUUAAUUGUAAAUAGCUUUGAUCAGUCUUACAGACAAAAAAAUGACUUUUAAAAUACUUAAUUUUGAAAAUAAAGUAAAAA